AUGUUCAUCUACAACGAAGUAAUGAAACUCUUUAUGGCCGAAAAAGUAUGCCUGGAAAUUUCUGCUCCAAUAAACAUCUGCGGAGAUAUCCAUGGACAAUUUGAUGAUCUCUGCCGUAUAUUUGAAAUCAAUGGAACCCCAGAAACUCAAAGAUAUCUAUUUCUCGGAGAUUAUGUUGACAGAGGAGACAAUUCUAUUAACACAAUAUGCUUACUCUUUGCCUAUAAAAUCAAAUAUCCAAACAACAUUUACUUGCUCCGUGGAAAUCACGAAUCGGCGACAACUAACAGAGAUUAUGGAUUUCGCUCGGAAUGCUUAACCAGAUACUCUAACACGAUUUAUACACUAUUUAAUGAUGUUUUCUGCUGGCUUCCAAUAUCAGCACUUUUAGAUGGAAAAAUAUUAUGCCUUCAUGGUGGACUUUCCCCAGAUAUUACCUCUUUAGAAAGUUUACAGAACAUCAAACGUUCAUUGGAAAUACCCGAAGAAGGUCUAGUUUGCGACCUUGUUUGGUCAGACGCUACAACAUCUCAAACAGAAUGGGGACCAAGCCUUCGCCAAACAUCACUCACAUUUGGAAGAAAAGCGGCAGAAAAUAUUGUUAAAAAGUUAAACCUCAACUUAAUUGUCAGAGCUCAUCAAUUUACAUCAAAAGGUUAUGAUUAUCCAUUCUCUCCAGAAGGAUCCGUUCUCACAAUCUUUAGCGCUCCUAAUUAUUCGGGUCAUGGAAAUCCAGGAGCAGUUUUACACAUUUCCAACACCUUAGAUUGCUCAUUUUCCUUAAUUAAUCCUCGAUAUAACUAUAAUUCGAAUUAUGAUUCAUACUUGUGA